GCCGAGAGAGACUGGAGAAAGUAAGCUUUGUUUCCUUUCUGUGUUCUGGAUGUAAAUUUUGAAAAUUGUUAAAACACCAUGUCUAUCUGAGCAAUUUGUUGCGUAUUUUUAUUUAAAAGAUGGAUUCCCCUAGUCCUGAGUUAGAUCAGAGUUUGCAAGGGUUACUAAGUCUGGAAACAUUGGAUAGGGCUUCACCAGAUCUCUGGCCUGAACAGAUUCCUGGUGUCUCCGACUUUGCUUCUUUGACAGCAAGUCCAUACACCCAGAGUAACAGUCCACCCAAAUGGCUGAAUGACUUAGAGAAGGAUGAUAUGGACAUGUUACAGGAAUUUGGAAGCUUGACAACAUCACAACUGAUGGAAAAAGUCAGAGGCCUCCAGAAUUUAGCCUUCCAACUUGGUCUUGAUGAAGCAAGAGAAAUGACAAGAGGGAAGUUCCUCAGUAUUCUGGAUAAAAGUAGCAGUGGGAGAAGAUAGUUUGAAAGCAUUACAACAACAAUUUGUAUAUGCUCUCAUCUCAUAUACCUACUUAUAGUUGUGACAUUAGAGUGCCAACAGUAAAAGCAUGAAAGUUUAGUAAACUAAAUUGCACUAUUCAGUACAAUUACUAAAUAGUGAAUUGUCAAUUUACAGUACCUCACAAAAUAGUGUGGCCACUCAACUGAAAAAAACAUACAGUAGCUGUCAAUUCACCCGAUUUAGGCUGGUGUCACAAGAUAUUGGACCUCAACACAAGCUGCAUUGGCUCUCUUGGGUUUUUCCACAUAUGUACUGUAUUUCACAUUAUUUCACAAGAUUUCUGUCCAAGUUGGGCUGACAGCUAUGAAAACAGUGAGACAAAAGAAAACGAGAAAAAAAAGCAAAAGCCGAGAUCCAACUGUUUUACUAGAUAGUGGCAUUUCAAUUCAACCAUUUUCACUAAAUUUUACCAAGUAGAACUAUUUACUAACUAUUUCAGUGAUGGCUAACUUAUGCCUGCUUGAUACACAUCAAUGCCAAACACAUUACAGGACUCGUGCUUGGAGUUCAGCUGCUAGAAUAACCUAUCAGUUUAGUUCAACCUUUAGUGUUCUUUAUGAAAGACAAUUUUUAGAAAUAUUUUUUAAUAAAGAAGUGAGAUUGA